AUUGAUUGAUUGAUUGAUUGAUCAAGGGGGAGGAGGCGAGAGAUAGAGAAUAAUUAAUCGUCCCGGGACUUGGCGUCGCGUCGUAGCCACUUCUCUACAGCAAGUCAUUUUGCAGACGCUUUUAUCCAAAGCGACUUAUCUCUGUGCUCACACUGCAGGGAGAGAGGGAGAGAGGGAGAAGGAGAGAGAGAGGGACGGAGCGUGCUUUGUUCUAGCCGCUUGUUAAAUGAAUUGUAUUUGUGCAAAUCUGUAGUUCUUUGAUAGCGAGCGUUGCCGCACUUGUAUGAAUCUGUUUGGGAUUUCAAACAAACACUUUUCACGGCGUGCAUUAUCCGAGUUUUUGAAGCCGCACUGAACUCCUUAAAGACAGACUUUAACUGCGGCUGACACCGAAGACAGUGGACGCUUCACACAGAAAUGUAAGUUAUUGUCCCGGUUCACAAGGCCCUGUCCGCACCGCCCCUCGACCUUUCACCCGGAGUCAUGACGGUCACCUACACUGCCCAUGUGGCCAACGCCCGCUUCUGCGGCUUCUCCAAGCUGCUGCUGGCCUGGAAAGGGAGUAUCUACAAGCUGCUUUACAAGGAGUUCCUGGCCUUCUUCAUCACCUACAUGGCUCUGAGCAUCAGCUACAGGUUUGUCCUGCUGGAUUAUCAGAAGAGGUACUUUGAGAAGCUCGCCAUGUACUGUAACCAUUAUGCCAACCUCAUCCCCAUGUCCUUCGUACUGGGUUUCUACGUGACGCUGGUGGUGAACCGCUGGUGGAGUCAGUACCAGUCCAUCCCGAUGCCAGACCGGCUCAUGUGUGUGAUCUCGGGGAGCGUGCACGGGGCGGGGGAGCGGGGGCGUCUCCUGAGGCGCUCCCUGAUGCGCUACGCCAGCCUCUCCUCCCUGCUCAUCUUCCGAUCGGUCAGCACCGCUGCCUUCAAGAGAUUCCCCACCAUGGACCACGUAGUGGAGGCAGGGUUCAUGACCAGGAACGAGCGCAAGAAGUUUGAGAAUCUGCAGUCUCCCUACAACAAGUACUGGAUACCCUGUGUGUGGUUCUCGAACCUCGCCGCGCUGGCCCGCAAGGAAGGGAGGAUCAGGGACGACCACGCGCUCAAACUCCUCCUGGAGGAGCUCAAUGUUUUCCGAGGGAGCUGCAGCAUGCUGUUUCAUUAUGACUGGAUCAGUGUGCCUCUGGUUUACACACAGGUGGUCACCAUCGCGGUGUACAGCUUCUUCGUCGCCUGUCUGAUUGGAAGGCAGUUCCUGGACCCGGCUCAGUCUUACCCGGGGCACGAUUUCGACAUGUAUGUCCCGGUCUUCACUCUGCUGCAGUUCUUCUUCUACGCUGGGUGGCUCAAGGUGGCUGAACAGCUGAUCAACCCCUUCGGAGAAGACGAUGAUGACUUUGAGACAAACCGGCUGAUCGACAGAAACUUCCAGGUGUCCAUGAUGGCAGUGGAUGAGAUGUACAGCGACCUGCCCAUCAUUGAGAAGGACCGUUACUGGAACGACUCGAACCCCAGGGCUCCCUACACGGCCUCCACCGUCUUCGUGCUGCAGAAGCCGUCUUUCCAGGGAUCCGCGUUCGACAUGACGAUCCCCAAAGAGGAGAUGCAGUUCCAGCCUCUGGACGACAUUGAGGAGAAUCUGGAUGAGAGCGGAGGGCCCGGGAUGGGGGUGCCCCACUACAACCUGCCCCUGUUGAACCGGCUGCUGGGCUCCGCGCCCUCCCCGGCCAGCCUGGGCGGCAUGCUGACCCGCUCCUCCCCCGCGCGGCGGCUGCAGCUCCUGAAGAGAGGGGGAGGAGGAGGAGGAGGAGGCAGCUUCUGCUCGGACGGCAGCUCUCUCUACUCCUGCUUGUGUCAGGACACCCAGAGCACCGCGUGCAGCUGUGGAGCCUUCCCCCAGCACCCUCCCCUCAGCGGGAUCCAGCUCCCCCGCGACGAGAGCGAGACGCAGCCAGGGGGCGCCGGAGAACCGUGCCAGAACAAACAGGCAGAAGAGCCACCCAGGAGAGCCAGGGAAGGGGCAGACGGCCAGGCUGAAGGGCAGGCCAGGCUGCUCAGGCGCCUGACCCCUCAGCCCUCCUUCCGGCCGCUUGAACGAGUCCCGAGGCCAGAAGCGGAGAAGCCAGGCUUCGCCGUGAGGCUCGUGGAAAGCUUCCCACCCCCAGCCUGCGAGACCCCCGGCAGCCUGCUGGCCAAUGAGCCGCUACAGCAAGGAGAGAGGCCGGCCAAUGGCAGCCAGGCCCCGCCCCUGCUGGUGCUCUUGCCGAACGGCAGCCAAUCGGACGUUGAGGUGCAGACCCGGACGCAGCCUCCUCGUCAUCCAGCCCCGGGGGUCUGGAACGUGCAUCUGAGGAGCGUCAGCGUGGGGUCGGAGGUCAGUGUCCCGCUGCACAUCUGUGAAGGAGAGCUCCUGGACACGGGGCGGGGCCUCGACGAAGGACAGCGCCGUCCCGCGGACGUGGAGGAUGGGGUCUGAUGGACCUUAGGGCAGGAACGCUGGUGCAUCGAGCAGGAAUAAUCUACUACUUCAUUAGCACCUUUUUUUAUUUUUAUGUAUGUAUUUGUCGCCCCCCAGUGGCUGGGAUUGGUAUUCACAGGGCUGGCGUGAGAGUCGAGUUAACCUCUAUAUAUAACCCAUUAAAGUCAUUAAAAAAAUGCUGCUUUACUUAAGUUUUCUGGUUCACACAUGAAUUAUGUAAAUUCCUGGCAUCUUAAAAAAAAAAAAAAAAAAGAUUUUAAUAUACAACAGAAGUUUAGCAUCACCCUCUAUAUAAAAUGAACUCGUUUUGCGUCACAAACUCGAAUGAAACCUGCGGAAUGACGUCAGAUUCACACUUUCAGUAGUUUUCCAUAUUAAAAGUGGUUUUGUUCGCAAUAUUUUUUUUUUUUAAUUCUUAAUGUGCACAUUUUGAAAACAGAAAAAAUAAAAUUAAAAGUAUGUUCUCUGUCA